CUUGUCUCACCUCAUUCGUGUAGUCUCACACAGAGGAUUACAGAUAUAUACAGCAAUGGCGGGGGUUGCCAGAAUUCUCUCCAAGUGUUUUCCAAAUGGAAUAAUAUAUCGAAGUUUUACCCAGAAAGCGGUUAAUUUGAAAAGGACUCCGCAGGACUAUCCGGCUUUAAAUGGAUCAGAACACUGGCGACGCAAAAUCCGUACUUUGUUCAGAGCAAGAGAUAUAGACGGUGAUGGAUAUCUCACCAAAAAAGAUUAUGAAAUGAAUGUUCAUCGUGUCUCAAGUUAUAUGAACCUUAAUGAAAACCAGGCAAAAGAUUUAAUGAAAUGGAAACUGUUCGUUUGGGAAAAACUUUCUGGAAGCACAGACGCUUCGGCUGACUUCCGGUUGCCUGAAGACGACUACGUGUCCAACAUGCUUGCUGCCUACCCUAUCAUAGUAGAGAAGAUCGUGGAUAUCGCCAGUUGUGACUUCGACACCGUGGAUAUUGACGGCGACGGCUUCAUCUCCCCACAGGAACACAAGGCGUGUUUCUACGGGUUUGGGAUCCCACUCAAGCACUCCACUGAUGUCUUCAAAGUUCUGGACACCGACGGCGAUGGUAAGAUUAGCAGACAGGAGUUCGUCCAAGGUUUUGUGGACUACAUUUUAAGUGAAGAUGAAAACAGUCCACAUGCUUGUUUCUUCGGGCCACUUGUAUAAUAGAAGAAAAAGAAGCAAAGACCAGUUUGUUAAAGGCUGUGUUGGUUUCCUGAUAACCAUUACGUUUGUUUCUUUGGGCGAUUUACUUAACACUUUAAUCUGAUAAUCUAAUAUUGGUAACGCGGAUAUAUAUGUGAUAAGAUUUUGUUUCCUUUACUGACAAUACGAGUUCUGAUAAUCUUAUGAUGUAAAACGAAGGGCCGUAGCCAGCAAUUUCAAAAGGGGGGUCUUUUUUUUCUGGAAAAGUGGACUUUUUACUUGAAACCUUCCUGUACUUAGAUGCAAUUAUACCCAGAGGGGACCUUUUCCUGAC